AUGGUAUCAGGAGCCAGAGAGCCAGAGGCCAAGGACCGGGCCUGCCGGAAGAAGACAAGUCCCACCCAGAGCCUCACACAGAGCCCCCACAGAGCCCCACACAGAGUCCCACACAGAGCCUCACACAGAGCCCCCACAGAGCCCCACACAGAGCCCCACAAAGAGCCUCACACAGAGCCCCACAAAGAGCCUCACACAGAGCCCCACAAAGAGCCUCACACAGAGCCCCACAAAGAGCCUCACACAGAGCCCCACAAAGAGCCCCACACAGAGUUCCACAAAGAGCCCCACACAGAGCCCCACACAGAGUUCCACAAAGAGCCUCACACAGAGCCCCACACAGAGUUCCACAAAGAGCCCCACACAGAGCCCCACACAGAGCCUCACACAGAGCCCCACAAAGAGCCUCACACAGAGCCCCACAAAGAGCCCCACACAGAGUUCCACAAAGAGCCCCACACAGAGCCCCACACAGAGUUCCACAAAGAGCCUCACACAGAGCCCCACACAGAGUUCCACAAAGAGCCCCACACAGAGCCCCACACAGAGCCUCACACAGAGCCCCACACAGAGUUCCACAAAGAGCCUCACACAGAGCCCCACACAGAGUUCCACAAAGAGCCCCACACAGAGCCCCACACAGAGCCUCACACAGAGCCCCACACAGAGUUCCACAAAGAGCCUCACACAGAGCCCCACACAGAGUUCCACAAAGAGCCUCACACAGAGCCCCACACUGAGUUCCACAAAGAGCCUCACACAGAGCCCCACACAGAGUUCCACAAAGAGCCUCACACAGAGCCCCACACAGAGCCCCACACAGAGUUCCACAAAGAGCCCCACACAGAGCCCCACACAGAGUUCCACAAAGAGCCUCACACAGAGCCCCACACAGAGUUCCACAAAGAGCCUCACACAGAGCCCCACACAGAGCCCCACACAGAGUUCCACAAAGAGCCCCACACAGAGCCCCACACAGAGCCCCACACAGAGCCCCACAAAGAGCCCCACACAGAGCCUCACACAGAGCCCCAGAGUAUUUUGAUGCCUGUUGGAGACUGGGACCAGGCCAGGAGAGGUUAG